GUAACUUAUUAAUCUUAACAGUAUAAAUAAGUGCAGAGAGACACCAGAGACAUCAGAGCGUGGAGACACACUGACAUCAGGAUCUUCAUCAGAUCACUUCUGCUGAAAUCUGACCAUGAAGCUGGUUUCAGUCUUCCUCGUCCUGCUGGCUCCUCUGUUGACCAGCUGCCAGAAGCUCCUUCUGCCGGUAGACUGCGGUGACAUUUAUAAUGAUGACAACAGCCGACCCAGUGGAGUGUACACCAUCUAUCCCAUCGGAGCCACGUCUGCUGUCCAGGUGUACUGUGACAUGGUCUCAGAAGGAGGACGGUGGACGGUGUUCCAGAGGAGGAUGGACGGCACGGUGAACUUCUACAGGGGCUGGGAUCAAUACAAGACCGGCUUUGGUAUCGCUGCUGGAGAGUACUGGCUCGGUCUGGAGUCUCUCUACCAGCUGACUCUGAAGAAAAGGUACGAGCUGCUGGUCGACAUGGAGGACUUUGAAGGAAACAAAGUGUUUGCUCGUUACUCCUCAUUCUCCAUCGACCCAGAGUCCUCAGGAUACAGACUGCAUGUUUCUGGAUUCACUGAUGGAGGAGCAGGAGACUCCCUGAGUCCUCACAGCGGAAUGAAGUUCUCAACCUUCGACAAAGACCAGGACUCUGAUACUAGGAACUGUGCCAGAUCAUUCCUGGGGGCGUUCUGGUACGACAGUUGUCACUAUGCAAAUCCAAACGGCGUUUAUCGUCGGGGGGCUGAUAGCACUGUCCUUUUUGUUGGAGUGGAGUGGUACCAAUGGAAAGGUAACAACUACUCCCUGAAGAGCAUCAGCAUGAAGAUCCGUCCUGUGCAGUAGUUCUCCAGGACCAACGUACAGCAGAAUAUCAGCUCAUCUCUUCUCAUCUCUUUCUCUCAUUAAGCAUUUAAUCUCCCAACAGGUCUUAUUUUCCUGAAACUGGGAACCAGCACAAGAACAGCAGCUGAUGUUAGUAGAUGUUGUUACGGUCUGUGAUGGUUUAAAGCAGUCGCAGCUCGCUGCUACGUGGAGGAAAAGUCAGAUGUGUCUGCUGUUUAUCUGCUGUACGCUGACAAUCAAUCAAUAAAUAAGAGAGCAUUAAGAUGA